AAAGAGUUCCUUUAAAUUUAAACAAAUUUUAAGGAUUGAAAGAAAUUUUCAGUGAUCUAUAAAUACGAAGCUGGCCUAUAAAGGGUUAUCGUAGCUCCCCCGUCACCAAGGAAAAGUGAUUUUGAUGAACUUCUUUGACUUUGCAAGGGUUAAAUACUAUCUUAUCAGUAAUAGCUUGGAACUUGCUUCGCUUCAACUAAUUAGCAAUAGAACAAAAUAGUUUUGCCAAAUAAUUUUACCAUCAGAAGACAAAAAAUGCCGCCAAAUACAGAUUUUGUUCCACCAUCAUCGUUAGGGAUAAAACCAAUUCCUUCUAGAGGUAAGGGUAGGGUUGUGACGACGCAUAUGUGGAUAAAAGAGAAACAGAUAGAUGAUGGUGCUGAAGGAUUAUGGAGAGUACAUGAUAAAAUUUAUGAUUUAACUGACUUUAUUCACAAACAUCCGGGAGGUUCUGACUGGCUUACACUAACAAAGGGUACUGAUAUAACAGAAGCUUUUGAAGUCCACCACUUAACAGAAUUUCCAAACGAAAUACUCAAAAAAUAUUUUGUUAAAAAUGCCACUUCAGAGAGAAAUUCUCCCUAUACGUUUGAAGAAGAUGGAUUAUAUAGGAUAUUAAAAAAGAAAAUACAACCAGUUUUAAGAAACUGUCCCAAGGAAAGUUACACCAAAUCAAAGCUUAUUAUAGAUUCUUUGUUGGUGUUGAGUUUUUUGUUUUCAAUCUUUGCAGUGAAAUUUUGGAACUUCGGAUUGGGUGUAUUUGGUGGUGUGUCUUUAGGAAUGGUUACGGUAGCUGCCCAUAAUUAUUUCCAUAUGAAGGAUAAUUUUAGAAUGUAUUAUUUCCAGUUUUCAUUGCUUCAAGUGAGGGAAUGGAGAAUAAGCCAUGCUUUAAGUCACCAUUUGUAUACAAACACUAUAACAGAUCUGGAAAUUUCUAUGUUCGAACCACUUCUUAAUUAUUUGCCAGUGGAGAAAAAACCAUUACAAAAGGUUGUGUCAGUAAUGUUGGCGCCAAUAAUGUGGUUAACAUUUUUCCAUAAACCAGCUAUUGAAAGAAUAAUUAAUUUGCCGAACCAAUACAAGGAAUUGAGGUUUACUGAUUUAUUAGGCCUACUUCUUCCAAUCUGCAUGUAUGUGUUUGGAAAAGACGAUUUGUUAAGUGUUUUCAUAAUGUGGAAUUUCGUCCUUGUCUGCGGGGGUACUUUUAUGGGUUUUGUAGGACUGAACGCUGGUCACCACCACCCUGACGUGUUUCACGAUGGAGAUGCGCCAAGGGGAAAAAAAUUCGACUGGGGUCUAGGCCAAUUGGAUGCAUUACUCGACCGAAAAGAAAUUACUGGGUCUCACUUCUUAGUGCUGACGAACUUUGGAGACCACGCUCUACAUCAUUUCUUUCCCACUUUGGACCACGGUCAACUUCAGCACCUCUAUCCAGUUUUUAAAGAAGUUUGUAAUCAAUUCAAUGUUGACUUAAGGAUGGUUUCCCAAAUAGAAACGAUUAAGGGCAGCUUUCAACAACUUGUAAGGGUUGAACCAAAUCCGAAUCCCACAGACCUAUUGAAAUAUUCGAAAAGUAAAUAAGUGAUAGUAGCGAAGUAUGUAAUAACAUAAGUAUAUUACUUAUUACCUAUAUGAACAGUUAAUUAUAGUUUAUUAUUAUUAGUUUAAUUUAGUUAAGUAUUAUUAUUAGUUAAUUAUAUUAUUAUAGACAAAAUGAAAAUUUGGAAUAA